AUAUCAUUGAUGUUCUUUCGAAACCACAAAAUUUCAGAAAUUGUAAAGCAUUGAGAUGACUUUACAUUCGUCUGAAUGGUUCAAGAAUCCAUAUCUAUCCUUUUCAUUUUCUUGAAAAACUUUUAGUUUUUAAGAUAUGUUUACGCAAUGUUAAUAUUUGCAAUAUUUUCCACACUAAUAUUUGCAAUAUUUGAAGAUUGCGUAUUAUUGAGCAUAGUGGCAGUGUUAUGAGCAUAGACGUCUGCUCAAUAAUUUUAUUUUAUUUUGGUUUAACAUACUUUUGAGCAUAGUGAGAGUGUUAUGUGUUUUCAAAGACACUAACCUAUCAAAUUUUAAACAGAAGAAUAUUUGACGAGUCAAUGUUGAGUAAACCGGAAAUUUUUUGCUUUUUUUUUUUGGGGUAAACUAAAACGACGUCGUGACAGUGGACGCUUCCAGCUUCUUAUUUCCAGCUUUAGAGCGUCUGUUUCCUUUUUCGUUUACUUUUCAAUAUUUUCUCCUCAAAUGUCGAUUCUUUCUGUGAUUGCUCUAACGGCUACUUUUUUCGCCAGAGCAUAAGAAACCUCAACGUUAACGAUAACAAUCAACACAAGUCAAUUUCGAUCAUUGCUUGUAAUCUGGUUAGUGAAUUCCGGAGAUGGAUCAGCCAAAAAAAGUUGCCGAUAGGUAUCUGAAGCGUGAGGUUCUUGGUCAAGGUACUUACGGAGUCGUCUUCAAGGCUACUGAUACUAAGAAUGGAGAAACUGUAGCGAUUAAGAAAAUAAGACUUGGUAAAGAAAAAGAAGGUGUGAAUGUAACAGCUCUUAGAGAAAUCAAAUUACUUAAAGAGCUUAAGCAUCCACAUAUAAUUGAGUUGAUUGAUGCAUUCCCUCACAAGGAGAACUUGCACAUUGUGUUUGAGUUCAUGGAGACUGAUCUCGAAGCAGUUAUCCGCGAUCCUAAUCUGUUUCUUUCGCCCGCUGAUGUCAAAUCUUACCUCCAAAUGAUAUUGAAAGGUCUUGAAUAUUGCCAUGACAAAUGGGUUUUGCACAGAGAUAUGAAGCCAAACAAUUUGUUGAUAGGACCCAAUGGACAACUGAAACUUGCCGAUUUUGGGUUAGCUCGUAUAUUUGGUAGCCCUGGUCGUAAGUUUACCCACCAGGUCUUUGCUAGAUGGUAUAGAGCACCUGAACUUUUGUUUGGUGCAAAACAAUAUGGUGGUGCAGUUGAUGUUUGGGCUGCUGGCUGCAUUUUUGCUGAACUUCUAUUACGCAGACCAUUUCUUCAGGGAAACAGUGAUAUUGAUCAAUUAAGCAAAAUCUUUGCUGCCUUUGGGACCCCAAAAGCAGAUCAGUGGCCCGAUAUGAUCUGCCUUCCUGAUUAUGUAGAGUAUCAAUUUGUCCCUGCGCCUGCUUUACGUUCUUUACUCCCAACGGUUAGUGAGGAUGCAUUAGAUUUGUUGUCAAAGAUGUUUACCUAUGAUCCCAAGUCUAGAAUAACGAUUCAGCAGGCUCUACAACACAGGUACUUCACAUCUGCACCUUCGCCUACUGACCCUUUAAAGCUCCCAAGACCAGUUCGCAAGCAGGACGCUAAGUCAUCUGACAGUAAACACGAAGCUAUUAAAGUGUUGUCACCAGCACAUAAGCUUAGAAGAGUGAUGCCUGACCGAGGAAAGUCUGCUAACGGUUUCAAGGAGCAGAGUGUUGAUGUCAUGAGACAAGCUAGCCAUGAUGGACAAGCACCGAUGUCUUUAGAUUUCACCAUCCUAGCCGAGCGGCCUCCUAACCGACCAACCAUCACGAGUGCGGAUAGAUCUCAUUUGAAGAGGAAACUCGAUCUCGAGUUCCUAUAGGAUAUAGCUUAACAGGCUUCUUCUUGACGUCGUUCUUCAGUUCCUAUAGCCUAUAGGAUCUCUAGUUACAGGCUCUUACUGGUUGGUUCCUGAAAUUUGUCAUAUUACAACUAGUGAUGACGAAUAGUGUGAAUCAUUCUUUCUGUUUACAAUAAAAUAUAAAGCACAGAUGAUUAACUAAUCAUCAUGUACACCCAUCAUAGAACAAUCUAUCUGUUUUUGGCCUAUGCUCAAAAGAGAGUUCUGAUCCCAAA